AUGGAAGAGGUUUUGGAGAGGCAAGAGCAAGAAAGGCAAGCGAGAAUGCGUAGAAGAGCUGCAAGCAAAAGGGCGCAGAGAGAACUAGAUGAGCAACUUGGUGUGGCUGCUGCUUUGCUAGAGGAAGAAAACCAGAGCUGCCGUGGUUCACGAGAAGGCUGGGCACCGAAUGUGGAUAGACAUAGACAUUCUCGGGAUAAGAAUCUUCUAGAAGAUUAUUUUAUCCCACAAUCUCUGUACUCUGAUGUUCAUUUUCGAGCAAGAUAUAGAAUGCAACCCCAUUUAUUCAAUAAAGUCAUGCAUGAUAUUUGCAAUUAUGAUGACUACUUUGUUCAAAAGAAAAAUUGUGCUGGAAAUUUGGGGCUUCUUCCAGAGCAAAAGUUCACAGCUGUGAUACGAAUGUUGGCGUAUGGGUCAUCUGUUGAUCAAGUGGAUGAGAUUGCCAGGAUGGGGAAGUCCACUAUUUUGGAGAGCUUUGUGCGAUUUUGUGAUGCAGUGGAAACUCUGUACACUAGGGACUACCUGCGCAGACCUACGCCCAAGGACCUGCAACGGCUUCUACAAAAAGCUGAGUCUUGUGGAUUUCCUGGGAUGAUUGAUAGCAUUGACUGCAUGCACUGGCGAUGGAAAAAUUGUCCAACUGCUUGGCAAGGGGAUUAUGGCAAUCGGAAAGGGCAGAAAAGCAUCAUCCUCGAAGCAGUUGCUGGUUUUGAUACAUGGGUUUGGCACGCCUUCUUUGGAGUUGCCGGCUCUCAAAACGAUUUGAAUGUCCUAGAGGGGUACAGAAAAGAUGUGGAGAGGUACUUUGGUAUCCUUCAAGCCUGGUGGGCAAUUAUCAAGGGCGCGGCGCGUCUAUUCGAUGAGGAGGUGCUUAGGAGUAUAAUGAUGACUUGUAUCAUCCUCCACAACAUGAUUGUAGAAGAUGAGUAUGAUUAUGAUGCUGAUGAAGUGUAUGAACCAGAUCCCAUGAACACGGCCUUAACAUGA